AUGAUACUAUAACAAAUACAUAAUAGUAGCAACUUAGUUAUUUGUCUAAACAAAAUGACAAACACAAUAGAGUUCUUUGAGUUGAAUUCAGGAGCCAAGAUCCCAUCCAUUGGGGUAGGCACUUUUCAGAUUGAACCCAAUUUUAUUGAAAAAUCUCUCACCACAGCUAUUAAGGUUGGAUACAGGCAUAUUGAUUGCGCAUCCAGAUAUGAAAAUCAAGCAGAGAUUGGUAAGGCUCUCAAGAAGAUUUUUGACGAUGGUUUGAUAAAGCGUGAAGAGCUAUGGAUCACCUCCAAAUUAUGGUGCACAGAUCAUGCUGAAGAAGAUGUGCCAAACGCAUUGGAUAAAACUUUACAAGAAUUGCAACUUGACUACAUAGAUCUUUAUCUAAUUCACCUUCCAUUCAGCAUGAAGAAGGGAUCAAUUGGAAUGAAGCCUGAAAAUUUCACAAUGCUAAACAUACCAAGGACAUGGAAAGCAAUGGAGGAGCUAUAUGACUCUGGCAAGGCUAAAGCUAUUGGUGUAAGCAACUUCUCUACAAAGAAACUUCAAGAUUUAUUUGACAUAGCAAGAGUGCCUCCAGCCGUUAAUCAGGUGGAAUUGCAUCUUGGAUGGAAGCAGCCAAAGUUGCAUGCAUUCUCUGCAUCAAAAGGAAUUCUUCUAUCUGGAUACUCACCGCUGGGUUCACCACAAGAUAACAAAAAUAACAUCCUCAACAAUCCAAUCAUCAAAAGUGUUUCUGAAAAAUUGGGAAAGACUCCAGCACAAGUGUCUAUAAGGUGGGGCUUGCAGAUGGGGCAUUGUGUGAUUACAAAAAGCACAAGUGAUCUUAGAAUCAACCAAAAUUUUGAUAUCUUUAAUUGGUCAAUACCUGAACACCUAAUGACUUUGCUCUCUCAAAUUGAAGAAACGGGAAGAAUACAUGCUGCAGCUAGUUGUGUUCAUCCGACCUGUGGUCCCUAUAGAACCAUUGAAGAAUUAUGGGAUGGUGAAGUAUGAGUGGGACACAACACAUUGGGAUUCCAAGCUGCUGUUGUCAUUGUCUGCUACUUAGUGUUGUUUUUCUGUGGUUUUUGUUUUGCUGGUUAGUGUUUCCUCUUAUUUUAUGUUGGUUUCUUUGUUAAGGGUAAGAAUACCCUUAUACACUGAAGAACUUUGAGAAUAGGGAUUGAAAGUAUCCCCUAUACGACUGGAAUAAAAUGUUUUUCAUAUAUUCCAUUUGAGAUUUCAUCACA